GCACGUUGGUUGCAUCUGAAAUAUAUGAAUGGAUAAACUCUAAAAAAAAGUAUUUUGAUUCUACGAACAAACAUGGCAAUGGGUAUGAAUAUGUAACACAUGGUAGCAACGUGGCAGUCUUAAAACUGAUUAUAAACGUAUCUAGUAAUUAUUAUACUGAUAAAAAGCCUGCAGCCGUUAACUGGAUAGAAGGUAGAG